UAUCCCGGUCUGGAUUCUUCAUUCGGGAGCGCUAGACAAGGCUGAACACGAUUGCAGCCAUAUUCGGCUUCAGGGAGAAGCAGACCGGCUAGCGCCAGCUUACACGCAAACAUUCGCCUACUUAGAAAAAGCACCCACUCCCAGUAUUUGGAGGGCGUAUUUAUGUAGGUUAAAGAUGUGUGUAGGUCUUCAUUAGGGAGUUUAUUAUUGAAGAUUUCCAGCUGAGCGGAAUGAGCGUCCAGUCAUCCUGAGAUUCGACGGGAGAAAAAGCCCCGACACAUCCCGCAAAGUGGAAAGUACAGAUUUGUCCGGAUUAAGGCGAAUGGAGCCGACAGGGCCUCGGGAGUGAGGAGGGGGGUGGAAACGCUGGAAACCAGCGGACAACAACGGGGUUAGGCGCAUUAGGGCUUCGCUUAUCUGAGCACAAUGUUGGGCACAUUUUGCUAGCUGGCUAGCUGGAUGGCUGGCUAGCAGUUGGAGUCUGGGACUUCAGAUCUCCACACAUAUCAGCCAGAUUAAUCCUAUUUGUAUAUAUUUAUAACGCUAAAACCCGUUUUAUUAAUUUCGACAAGUGUUAUUUUAUAUUUUCUGGCUGUGGGAGUGGUCGCUAAAUUGGUAGAAAAUGUCUGCGAAGGUGCGCCUGAAGAAGUUGGAGCAGUUGCUGCUGGAUGGCCAUCAGAAAAACGAGAAGUCACUGAGUGUGGAGACACUGCUGGAUAUUCUCAUAUGUUUAUACAACGAGUGCAGCAACUCGCCCUUAAAACGGGAAAAACACGUGACGGACUUUUUGGAAUGGGUGAAGCCGUUCACCACCACAGUGAAGGAGAUGCGCCUUCACAGAGAUGACUUCGAGAUGCUCAAAGUGAUCGGCAGGGGAGCCUUUGGAGAGGUUGCGGUGGUGAAGAUGAAACACACCGAGCGUGUUUAUGCCAUGAAGAUCCUCAACAAGUGGGAGAUGCUGAAGAGGGCCGAGACGGCGUGUUUCCGAGAAGAGAGGAACGUCCUGGUGAAUGGAGACUGCCAGUGGAUCACCACCCUUCAUUACGCUUUCCAGGAUGACAACUACCUGUACUUGGUGAUGGAUUAUUAUGUGGGCGGCGACCUGCUGACUUUGCUUAGUAAAUUUGAGGACCGGCUCCCGGAGGAAAUGUCCAAGUUCUACGUGGCAGAGAUGGUGCUCGCUAUCCACUCCAUCCAUCAGCAGCGCUAUGUACACAGGGAUAUAAAACCAGAUAACGUGCUACUGGACAUGAACGGUCACAUCCGUCUCGCUGACUUCGGCUCCUGUCUGAAAAUGAUGCAAGAUGGCACGGUCCAGUCGUCAGUGGCUGUGGGCACACCAGACUACAUCUCUCCAGAGAUCCUGCAGGCCAUGGAGGACGGCAUGGGGAAAUACGGGCCGGAGUGUGACUGGUGGUCUCUAGGCGUCUGCAUGUAUGAGAUGCUCUAUGGCGAGACGCCUUUCUACGCCGAAUCCUUGGUGGAGACAUAUGGGAAGAUCAUGAACCACGAGGAGCGUUUCCAGUUCCCCUCCCACAUCACGGAUGUGUCCGAGGAGGCUAAAGACCUAAUCCAGCGGUUGAUCUGCAGUAGAGAGCGCCGGUUGGGUCAGCAAGGCAUCGAGGAGUUCAAGAAGCACCCCUUCUUUUCCGGCAUCGACUGGGACAACAUCCGCAACACAGAGGCGCCGUACAUUCCUGACGUCAGCUCUCCCUCAGACACCUCCAACUUUGAUGUAGACGAUGAUGUCCUGAAAAACCCGGACAUUGCUCCCCCAGUAUCUCACACAGGUUUCACCGGGCAGCACUUACCCUUCGUGGGCUUCACCUACACCACAGACAGCUGUUUCUCAGACCGUGGUAGUGUGAGGAGGGUGGCGCUGAUGGAUGGAGGCGCCGGGGAGGAUCUCCCAGAUGGGGGUCUGCAGGUGGAGGCCUUCGAGAAGAGGAUUCGCUGCCUGGAGCAGGAAAAACAGGAGCUCAACCGUAAACUGCAGGAAUCCACUCAGGCUGUUCAGUCGCUCCAUGGCUCUGGGCGUGGGGCCGGCACACUUGGUCGUGAUAAAGAGAUUAAAAAGCUCAAUGAGGAAAUCGAUCGUCUCAAAAAGAAACUAGCAGACUCUGAUAGGCUGGAGCACCAGCUUGAGGAGGCAGUGACUCUUCGACAGGACUUUGAAAGUUCCUCCACCAAACUAAAGGCCCUGGACAAGCAAGUCAGAGCCCUCAAGCAGGAGAAAGAGGAUAUACAUAAGCAACUGGUGGAGUCUCUGGAUCGCCUGAAGUCUCAGACCAAGGAGCUGAAGGACGCCCACCAGCAGAGGAAGCUGGCCAUGCAGGAGUUCUCUGAGCUGAAUGAGCGCAUGGCCGAGCUGCGCUCGCAGAAGCAGCGUCUGUCGCGACAGCUGCGGGACAAGGAGGAGGAGAUGGAGGUGGUGAUGCAGAAGAUCGACGCCAUGCGCCAGGACAUCCGCAAAACCGAGAAGGCCCGCAAGGAGCUGGAGUCUCAGCUGGAGGAUGCGCGUGCCGAAGCCUCUAAGGAGCGUAAGCUCAGAGAGCACAGUGAAGUCUACUCCAAACAACUGGAGAGUGAGCUGGAGACACUCAAGGUGAAGCAGGGAACGGGUCGCUCCUCAAGCCUCGGUUCCGAGACUCAGCAGGAGCUCACCAAGGUGAAGUCAGAGCUGGAUAAGAAGGUGUUGUUCUAUGAGGAGGAGCUGGUGAGACGUGAUGCCAGCCACUCUUCAGAGCUGAAGAACCUGAGGAAGGAGCUUCAUGACUCUGAGGGUCAGCAGCUGUCCCUGCACAAAGAGCUAAUGGUGCUCAAAGACAAACUGGAAAAGGCCAAGAGAGAACGGCAAACCGAGAUGGAUGAGGCCAUGGGUGCUCUGAAGGAGAAGUAUGAACGUGAACGCAACCUCCUGAGUGAUGAAAACCGUAAACUCACUGCAGAAACAGACAGGCUCUGCACUUUUGUGGACAAGCUGACAGCUCAGAACAGGCAGCUGGAGGAUGAGCUCCAGGAUCUAGCAUCGAAGAAAGAGAGUGUAGCACACUGGGAAGCACAGAUCGCUGAGAUUAUCCAAUGGGUGAGCGACGAGAAAGAUGCACGUGGCUACCUUCAGGCUCUGGCCUCCAAGAUGACGGAAGAGUUGGAGACUCUGCGGAGCUCCAGUCUGGGAUCCAGAACGCUGGAUCCAUUGUGGAAGGUGCGCCGCAGUCAGAAGUUGGACAUGUCUGCCCGUCUGGAGCUGCAGUCGGCAUUGGAGGCUGAAAUCCGGGCCAAGCAACUGGUUCAGGAUGAGCUGCGCAAGGUUAAAGCUGCCAACAUCUCUUUCGAGAGCAAAGUGAAGGACACAGAGGCCAAGAACAGAGAGUUGGAGGAGCAGCUCGAGAACAUGAAGAAAGAGAUGGAGGAGAGCCGCUCACGAACAGACAAAGGCCUGAAACUUCCAGACUUCCAGGACUCCAUCUUUGAGUACUUCAAUACCUCUCCCCUCGCCCAUGACCUGACAUUCAGAGACUCUGUCUCCUCCUCAUCCGCAUCUUCUCUGCUUGCAUUUUGGGAUGAAACAAGCUCCGUCGGUGAUAUGGACGCCACACCCCAGAAGACGGACAUUCCCUCUUCCUCCCCAUCAGUGGUUUCAGAACAGGAUGAACCAGUCAAGUCUCAAGCGACCACCCCUGCUGCACCUUCUCCAAUGUAUCAGCCCACUCUCAGUGCACCAAAGCAGCCUAAAGCUCAUCAGCUGAGCAUCAAGACCUUCUCCAGCCCGACCCAGUGCACUCACUGUACCUCACUGAUGGUGGGCCAGAUCCGACAAGGCUACGCCUGCGAGGUAUGCUCUUUCAUCUGCCACGUGUCUUGUAAAGACAACGCGCCCCAGGUUUGCCCCAUUCCUCCAGAGCAGGCCAAGAGGCCUCUGGGUAUUGAUGUGCAAAGGGGCAUUGGCACAGCCUACAAAGGUUUUGUCAGGAUCCCGAAGCCCACAGGAGUGAAGAAGGGCUGGCAGAGGGCUUAUGCUGUCGUGUGUGACUGUAAACUCUUCCUCUAUGAGGUGCCUGAAGGGAAGUCCACUCAGCCUGUUGUGAUGGCCAGUCAGGUCCUCGACUUGAGAGACGAGGAGUUCUCUGUAAGCUCUGUUUUGGCAUCUGAUGUGAUCCAUGCCAGUCGUAAAGACAUUCCCUGCAUAUUCCGGGUAUCAUCAUCCACUCUGAACUCCCCGAUCCGGCCGGUGCCUCUGUUGGUGUUAGCUGAGAGUGAAGCAGAGAAGAGGAAGUGGGUGGGCAUCCUAGAGGGCCUGCAGAACAUCCUGGCCAAGAACCGCCUGAAGAACCGUGUGGUGCAUGUCCUGCACGAGGCCUAUGACAGCAGCCUGCCUGCCAUCAAAACUACACUCUCUGCCGCCAUCGUAGAUCGAGAACGAAUUGUUUUGGGAACAGAAGAUGGCCUGUUUGUAGUCGAGAUCACAAGAGAUGUCAUUGUUCGUGCUGCUGACUGUAAAAGAGUCGGCCAGAUUGAGCUCAUCCCCAAAGAGAAGAUGGUGGCCCUGCUUUCUGGCCGUAAUAAGCACGUCCAUUUAUACCCCUGGGCGGCACUAGAGGGCGCAGAGGGUGGUGUUGAUAUCAAGCUGACCGAAACUAAAGGCUGCCAGACGAUGACCAUAGGUACCCUACGGCCUGGGGGCCCAGCGUGUCUCCUAGCAGGCGUGAAGCGUCAGGUCAUCUGCUAUGAAAUCACACGGGCAAAGCCCCAUCACCGCAAGCUGUGGGAGGUGCAGGCGCCUGGUAUCGCCCAGUGGCUGGGGAUUAUUCGUGAUCGGCUGUGCGUGGGUUACCCGUCAGGCUUCGCUCUGCUGGCCAUGCAGGGAGAGUCGUCACCGGUGAGUCUGGUCAGCCCGGCAGACCCCUCACUAGCCUUUUUGGCCCAGCAGCCCCUGGACGCGCUGCACGCUAUGGAGGUGGGAGCAAAUGAACUGCUGCUGUGCUUCAGUCAGCUGGGAGUGUAUGUGGACGCGACAGGACGACGCUCUCGAACACAGGAGCUGAUGUGGCCCGCCACACCACUUGCCUGCAGCUCAGGCUCAAACUACCUGACAGUGUACAGCGAUUAUGGAGUAGAUGUGUUUGAUGUCCACACCACAGAAUGGGUCCAGACCAUCUCAUUAAGAAGGAUUCGGCCCCUGAAUGUGGAGGGGAGUCUGAACCUGUUGGGCUCUGAGCAGCCCCGCCUCAUCUACUUCAGCAACAACUCCUCAGAUGGCUGUGACCUAGCCAUCCCUGAGACCUCCGACAACAGCAAGAAGCUGAUGGUGAGGACACGCAGCAAGAGGAAGUUCCUUUUUAAAGUACCCGAGGAGGAGCGGCUGCAACAGAGGAGGGAGAUGCUGAGGGAUCCUGAAAUGAGAUCCAAACUGAUCUCCAACCCCACCAACUUCAACCACGUUGCUCACAUGGGCCCAGGCGACGGCAUGCAGGUCCUCAUGGAUCUGCCUCUGCAGCAGAGCGAGACUCCCUCCCCCUCAUCCUCUCGCCACCAUGCCCUGAUCUCCCCUCCGACCAACUUUGAGCACGUCUAUCACAUGAGUCCCGUCUCUGCCGGGCUCUAUCUGCAGAAAGAGCCUUCUUCCCAGCAGAGCCUACUUCAGUUCUCCUCUUCCUCCUCCUCUCCUUCCACAUCCUCCCUGGGAAGGAGUGUGAUGCCCUCAUCUCAGGACGACCUGUCUAAAGACAAGCCACGGCCUCUGUCCAGCAUCUCACGGCAACAGAGGAGUAAGACCCACAUCACCCGCACUGCCUCAGGAGGAGGAGAUUUUGGAGGAGCAGGGUCAUCUCGCAGUAUUUCUGAUCAAGAUCAAGACUAUGACAGAGAGCCCGACUCUGACUCGACCAAACAUUCCACCCCCUCCAACAGCUCCAAUCCCAGCAGCCCCCCGAGCCCCAACUCUCCCCACCGCAGUCAGCUCACUCUGGACAGCCUGGAUCAAUCACUGGACGGCUGAAAACGGACAGCUCCCUCUUUUUUUUCCACCCUGCGCACCCCCCAAUAUCAAUCCGCUCUGCUAGGACUCACUAAGAAGUGCCAAGACUCUUCCAAGUCACCUGCUCCCCUGACACAAGGGCCAAAGGUUUACCCCCAAAUCCUGCUGCUGGGUAGACGCAUCAAUCGCCACAAGCGGAACGUGUUGGGAGAGCGUCAGAGCCACCAAAAAAAUAAAUAAAAAAAGAUAAAAGCCUGCCCCCUGGUGGAAAUGUUGUGGUAUUACACUAACUGGGUCAGAUUAGCAGUAUAAUGGACUUUUAUUUUAUUUUAAAUCUUAAUUUCAUGCCAUGCUCCUGCAAUUUUUUUUUUUAUUAUUAUUAUUAUUUUUAUUUGCUUUAGUAAGUGAACAUGCAUUACAUCUGCUGUGUCAGAAUUGCUUCUGGAUUCUUAGCUUCCCUUCAAAGUAACGAGGGGAAAGAGACUUCUUAUGCUGUUUUUAAGUGUAUAUUAUCAGGAACACUCGACCAGAGAGGAGCGGAUCGGGAGGAAAGGAACCGAGGACGAUAUAGGACUGAGACUUUCUUGUAUAAACCAAUCGGACCCGUAACAUGAUGCGUCACAGACCCGUGAAACGUCUCGCCUCAUCUCACAUGAGCAAUAGAUCGGUGACAGAGACUUUGGGGGUUAAAGCCAAACCAGAGGGCACUUUUAUUGUCAUAUAACUCCUCUUUCUCUCUCUCUCCAGUAAAUCAGCCUUUAUAAUAUUCAUGUUUUAACUUAGAUGUUUCCCACAAAGAUAUCUAGUUCAGCUUAUCACCCGGAGAAAAAAAAGCAAGCAACAAAAAUGAAGACUUUACAUAUAGAUAAGUGUUUUAAUAAUGAUACAAAAGAGAACGGCACACUGCUACAACUAUUCAUAGGAUUUCAGUAGUUCCUCUUAAGCUGCUGCUUUGUGUGCUCUAUUUAAAAAUGAAAGUUAAAAAAUAUAUAUGUGAUAAGGUUAUCUCACCAUAGCCAUGCUCUGAUUCUGAUUCGUGAUGAUGGACACGUGCGAGCAGCCGUGUGGGACCGUCACUGUUAAAGACUCCUAUCACAACGCUGAUAUGAGUUUGUUUGUUGACAUGCUUAAGAUCCGCAUGCAUGGCCGGCAUAUCCAUUAUCACUCAAGUGUGCCUUCAGUGCCAACUUCCAUUUCAGUAAGAAACUGUCCGCUAAAGCAUUUCGGUGGUUUUGACGAGGCUGACAGUAAUGUAUUAUGUUGUCCCCCUCCCUUCUGAAAUACUGUAAGACACUUGCACAUGUUUUUAAUCCAAGGAAAUAAUUUUGUGUGAAUGGUUUUACCUGUACCUCCUUCCCCACCCAUACUUCACUCGUCCGCUUCAUCAGAUGGGCGUUUAUCCUCAGAACACUACUGCUUUUACUUUAAAAGAGAGGAAAAAAAAGAAUCACAGGUUGAAAUCUUUGUAAUUAUUGACUUGAUAGCCACAAGAAUUUGAACAAACAAUAAAAGAGUACCUGUUGUGCUUUUUGUUGAA